CUCUGUAUGCUCUAUCUGGAACUACCAAUCACUUUAUAUAUACUCAUUAUUUCUUCAUUAUUGUUAUUAAUUGAAAAAUAAUAAUUUCAUGUGGAAAAUUUGUAUUUUGUGGAAAAUAUUAAUAUUUAAGUUACAAUAUGUUGACCGGGUGGUGACGUGGUGGCCUGUGGGUUGACCGUUAGUCCACGAUCUUGACCGUCCAACAUAACGGUCCACUCUUUUGGCCAAUUAAGUAAAGAUAGAGUUAGUUCAGACCAUUAUGUUAUUGAAAAGAUUGGUCAUGAUGUUAAAGAUGGAAAAAGUUUGGGUAAGGAAAAAAUAUUAGGUAAUCUUACUAUUUCUUUUUCGCAGGGCAGACUUACGGAAGAAAACAAACGCAUCACCUUCACCCAUGUUUUUUUCUUCCCCUUUUUGGAACCCUUAUCCUCCUUCCUCAGUUUCCUGUCUCUUUCCCGCAACAAUGACGAACACGAUCGACGAAACCCUUUUAGGCUAACAUCGAGAGCUCUAUUGCCGAAAUCGAAACCUCUCUUUCCUACUCGGCUACGCUAUUCCGAUGGCUUUGGUACUGUACGAUUUCCAAGUUGUGUUUUUAGUUAGGUUCUCCGACUUGGGGUGUCCCCUGUGUAGUUUUCUUCUGAUUGGGGCUUAGGGUUCUUCAUUCUCAUGAACAUGUAAAGUAUUUAGGAUUGGAAUUGGCUCGGCUCUGUACGAUUAGGGUUUGUACGAGUUGCAUCCCUUUCAAUCCGAGGAGGAUUGCCGCCCCACACACUCUAAUUGGGUUGUCAAUCGGAAACUGGAUGUCCCUCCUCCGCCGUUGAUUUCAUCCCAACAGUACAAGGGUUUCCCAAAAACCGCUUUUGCACGAGUCCAUAGAUGAUAGUUGUACCCUCUGCCCCUCACCCACACACACCAAUUCCAAUCCGUAGGCUGUGUUUGCAAAGCCUACUUCAGUUAGUAUAGCUUGAUACUCGCUUUCUACAACUGGAUCUCAAAGUUUAUGAGUAAUCUGGUUUGGUUAUUGGCGCAUGAUUUCCUGCUUCUGAUGGUGAAUUGAGAUGACCAAAUUUCCUUUUUCAUUUCAUUGUGGAAUUACCUAUUUAUGCUACUUUGUUUCUUACAUUAUAUAUGAAUGCUACUGUUGACAAAAGGAUGCCACUAUUGUUUAUCCCCAUCAGUAUAUUGUGCAGUUCUGUGAGAUUUUCGCCAAUCAAGUUCCCUCUUUUAUCCUCAACUUGCGGGAAGGGUUUUAGAGUAAACCAGGCAAAUCUUUUUUGGGCGUCCGGGGGAUAUCUCAACAGACUCUUCGCAUCAUCAUUCUUUGUUUUUUUCCCAUGAUUGAGCCCUAGCCUUCUUCCCCUUCUGUGUUCACAAAUUAAACCAAUUGUGAUUUUCUUUCCCUUCAAUGGCACGAAAUUACAGAUCUAACUCCUACUAUUUCGAAGUCAUCGACAACAACGUCAAAGUGCAGAGACUCGCUGAUGAGAUGGGAGUGAAGCGAUGCAGGAAUGCCCACACCACCGACUCAGAUAGAUGGUCGAUCUCGAUUUUCGUUAUGUAGAUGAUGUUCGUGUCGAUAUUGUAACAAGUAGAUGUGAGAACCCUGCUGGUUCUAAAGCUUUUUUCUUCAUAUGGAUAUUUGAAUUCUAGAUAGUCGGUUGGGUUAUUUUGUAUUCUAACAGAGUUUGGGUUUUUACUUCAAUUUUUUCCGAAAUCCUUCAACUUGGCAAUACUGUGAGUGUUUUGAUUGCUACCUCUUCUUCUUUUUCCCUUGGUACAAUUAGGUAUAACAACAUACGGAGAUGUUGGAUUUUCGAGUUUGGGGGAUUGUAGUGGUCGGACAAGAAGGCUUAUAAUGAGACGUUGCUGAGGUUGGGAGGUAUGUUUAAGGAAAACUUUGAGGUGUUUUCUAAUCAUAAGAUUGGGGGAAGGAUGGAAACCUCACUGACAGAUUCUUGAUGUUGAUCAUGUUUAGUUUCUAAUCGAAUCGAGGUUGGGAGAAUUGGAAAUAAAGGAGGCCGAAUAAUGAUAUAUAAGUUGGAAAUCAAAGUUUAUAUGAAUGUUUGUUCUGGUGAUGCAUUGUUGUUGGUUCACUAUUUAUUUACGGGAUAUUUGUUGCAUAUGAGCAAAGCUUAUACAUGGUCAUUCACUCAUUCUCUACUUUCCUAUAUGGCUAUUUUUUUUACCUGUAUUUUGUUAAACUUUUAAAUUGAUUGCAUGUAUAUUUGAUUUCUCCUCCAUAUGAGCAAACCAAAGCUUCAGAGUGAAAUUCCCAAUUGCAACUCCCCCCACGGUCAUAAUUUGGAUUUCUGUUUUGCGUGUGAAUACGAUAGGAUUUUUAAGGGGGUGUGGAUAUAAUCAGAAGUGUUUGAUGUUUCUAUACAAAAAGUGGGAUAUCAAAACCAAAACUUUUACUUCAAAAUUGCUCAUAUCCUAUGGAGUAAGGAUUGUAAGGCUACAAAGGCUGUAAUAGGUUUAUAACAAAAUGGACAGUAACCUACAAGGACAAGGGGGUCAUUCUUUGGGAAGUAAAUUCAUUCAAGUAUGUAAUAUAAUUUGUCGUCUUCUAAAAAUAUUUGGUGGCACACUACAUUUUAGGUUUCAAGAUACUGUUUCCCUCCUUAUAAAUUAUCUAUUGUCAUUGUAUCUUUACUAACCGAAGUUAUUGCCUUUUUUCCUAUAUUUAGUCUGUCUCGGUGUUGAAAUUUUUUGUCCAUAGAAGAGCUAUCUCGAAGCUCCCCUUUUUUACUCUGUUGUAAGCAACGCACGGUUAGGCUACCACCUAGAAGAGAUCCACCAUAAUUUUUGGAAGAGCAAUAGGAAGGACAAAUGACUAUUGUCAGUCGUGAGUUACUAUGUGGAAUACAACAGUGUCAUUUCAUUUAUAUCUCUUGGCGGUAAAGUGGAUAAAUAUAUAAAUGAUGGUGUAAGUGUACUCAAUUGGUGGUCAAGGCGUCAAGCUGCGAUUGUAGUGGUUGUUUGGUGCUAGCGGAAGGUAUAUCUCCCAAGUUCGUGCAAUUGUAUAAUCAUGAUACAACAAACGAGAUGCAAAAUCAUCUUAAUUUUUACAAGUUUGAUAAAGAAGUCGAUCCUCUGUGAGAUCACAUUGUUCAAAGAUUACAAGAGAUGUUGAUGAGCAUAAUGUUUUAUUUUAGACAUUCCGGAAUGCAAGAAAUAAGGAUAAACGAGUGUGAUGUACUGAAAUCAUUGACUUAGUUCUAUGUAUCUCAAUGAAUUUGUACGCAGAAAUCACAUACUUUAUUAAAAAGUGAAUUAAAAAAGCAUAAAAGAUCAAAGACAUAAAUUAUUAAAGCAAUGAACUUAAAUGAUUAACAUGACUAAUAAGCGACACCUAAUCGGCCAAUGGGACUUAAAUAUAAAUUAUUAAACCAAAUUAGCUCUACGAAUUAAAUCUAAACACAAUAAACUAAUUAGUGCUACAACAAAACACAAUCACUUAAUUAAACUAAUUGUGCUUUAAUUGACUCUACAAAAUUAAACUAAAUGCAAUAAUUUAAUCAACUCUACAAAAUAACGAUAAUUUGGCGAUAAUAAAUUUAAUUAAAUAUAUAUUAUUAAACCAAAUUAGCUCUACGAAUUAAAUCUAAACACAAUAAACUAAUUAGCGCUAUAACAAAACACAAUCACUUAAUUCAACUAAUUGUGCUUCAAUUGACUCUACAAAAUUAAACUAAAUGCAAUAAUUUAAUUAAAUCUACAAAAUAAAGAUAAUUUGACGAUAAGAAUAUUAAUUAAAUAUAAAUUAUUAAACCAAAUUAGCUCUACAAAUUAAAUCUAAACACAAUAAACUUAUUAGUGCUACAACAAAACACAAUCGCUUAAUUCAAACUACAUACGAAAUUAACUGUGUAAAAUAAAAAUAAAAGCAAUAAUUAAAUAUAAAUUAUAAGCUCUAGAAUUUCUUAUAAAAAAAAAUUAUAAGCUCUAGAAUUAAUAAUAACAUAAAUAUAUAUCAAAAUACAAAAAAAAAAUCGCCGACAUUGGUCGCCGUCUGCUCGCCGGACUCGAACGUCGUCCACUCGCCGGGGUCGGACGGGGUCCGCCACUGGGCACCGACGGUCGGACGGGGCCCGCCUCCAACGGUCGGACAGGGUACGCUCGCCGUCGUUGGACGGGGCAAAAUAAUUACAACAGGUUUACCUCAUUCGCUGGUCCGACAAUGUGGUACGGCUGCCGUCCGGCGGCCGACGACUUAUGCUGACGGUGGUCUGGUGGCCGACGACUUAGGCUGCCGCUGGUGGCCGUGACUCCGACUAUGGUGAUUGUGGGUUGGUGGUCGGGUGGUGGUGUGGGUAGUUUAAAAAAUCAAACCAAAAAAUAAAAUAUAAAGAAAUUUAGGAGGGCAAAAAAGUUUUUUUAGUUUAAUUUAUGGAUAGUAAAUAGUAAUGACAAGGGCUGCAAAUAAUACGCCUCUUAAUAAACAGAGGACACCUCCUUCCCGACUGAAACAAAGCUUUUGAAGGGCUCUUCGGCGCGUAAAAAGUUCGGUGCAUCAACGUGGGCGAUGGGAGGCAAAGGCGACAGCGGCAGCAGUGAAGGCGUAGGAGCAGUCACGGAGCACCCGGAGCUGGGAGGAUCGUCCACUGGUUCGGAAUUGCCCGAUGAGCGCGCCGGGACGGAACUGAAUCGGAGGGAGAUAGUUAAGGCUGUGGAAGUCGUGGAGAAGGAUUCCCUGGCUAUCGCGGAGAGCUUCACCUCUCUUUUCUCCUCGCUGCGAUCAGCGCUCUCUGAGGCUACGAGCAGUUCCAUCGAUCAUAUGCACUGCUUUGGUGAUGCCACUGGCCGCCUUCAGGAGUCCGUUUUGGAUGCAGCUACAAAGGGUAACCGCUACAUUAAUUCAUGUCUCAGGUUAAAUGAGGAACUCAAGGGCAUUGAAACAUUGGCUGCUCAAUUGAAAUUUCUGAGAAGAAAUGUGGAUGCUCUGGACUCGGCGGUUAACAAGCUCAUACGGCUUCCAUGAUUGUAACCUGUCUGCUCACGGGCAGCAACUAGAGUGCCGCUUCAUCUGGGUUUGAAGGAGCCCAGUCCAGUUGUCAAGGUUUCAACGAAGACAACUUGUAGGUGAUUAAAUUCAUAGAUGGUUGCAGUUAUAUUAUUGACAAAUAACUGCCACUCUGUCGUUGGGAUUAGUUUUCUGGACCCCGCUUUUGAGCAAUAGAAUAGCAAAUAGCAACUGCAAUCCGGCGGUUGAACUUUGGUAAUAUGGACUACGAAACAAUUGGUUGUGGUCUGUUAUCACUAUUAGAAGUCAGGUUAUCAUUUAUCUGUUGAAUGUUUCUGUUGACUUAGGUGAAAGCAAUGUACUUGAUUAUGUAGUUAUGGUUUUCAAUUGUUUGAAUUUUCACAUUACUAUACUAUUUGGGUUGGUUAGCUGGACCUAAAUGAAAAAACCAGACUUCCUUGCUUUAGCUCUUACAAGAUCUUACAGUGUCAGGAGAUGCCAACUCUGGAAGGAACUUAUUCGGAAGAGAAGAGAUAAGAUUCUAGAAAUAGCAAUAAGACAGUACAUGGCAGAUUGGUCUGGGGCUUGCAUGCCGAUUCAUGACCGGCUGUGUUCAGUCCCGACUCAAAUGAACUGCUUCACCACUCAUCUGAUCUUGCUAAUAUCUAUUAUUAUUACUUCUGCUGUCCUAGAUAAAAAAGAAAAACCGCUGCUGUCUGUCAGUACUAUAUGAUCGUGGUCCCUUCCCUAUUGAAUCUGCAUCUACAUUGUACAUCCUUCCCCUUGGCUCAUUGGUGCAGAGAAGGAAGCUGGUCCCGUGACCGUGAGUAACCAGAGUAUCUACUACAAUGUUGCAAUUUUACAGCCUCUGGUUUUCCUAUGGCUCGAGUUCUGCAGGCUCUCAUUACAAGUCAUCCCCUUUGGCUUUGACGAAGAACUUGGAUGGUUCGGUACAAAAUGUUGAACUUAUGCAUCUUUAGCGUUCAAUAUAUUAUCUGUGUGUGAAGAUAUUGACCUAGGGGAAUUUUUUUCCAAACAAGUAGGGAUGGUUUAGCAGUUGUAUAAGGUAGAAACUAGAUCCACAUUUAGGGAGUUGAUUGAAUGGAGGGGAAAUGGGUUGUGGUUGUUGUUGUCGUAUGCUGGUUUGUCGAUCUGAACAAGUAGAUUGUGACAGGAUGGUGACUAUCUUGUUUUGAGCAAGUAGAGAAUGAAACAUAGGAAGUUGAUGGUGGAAGAUGAACCAAAGUAGACACAAGUUUUAGAGGGAAAGACAAUCAAUAAACUUUUCGAGUGGUCCAUAAUGUGUGGAAGGGGAGUGUGGGUUUUUUUUUUUUUUUCUUUCUUGUUUGUUUGAGUUUAAUAGCUUCUGUCUGCUGUCUCUAACUCUCUCUAUCGCAAGUCUUUCUGUUCAUGUUUGCUGUUGGCAUUAUUCAUCUCUUUUCUCAAAUGGUCAGCAACAACAAGAAUUACAAGUUCCAGAAUUUAGCUCCUUCCAUCUCUGUUUUCCCCCCAUUUCUGAACUAUGCUGAGGUUUGUCUUUGUGCUAAGGUUUUGAUGGAUGGUAGAAUCAGAUCCUGAGACCUGUGUGAAUGAAGAAGCUCUUAACAU